AGAAGGAGGGAUGUGAGGAGGUCAGGAUAGUCACCUGUGCUGAGCCAUCAUGGAGAGUGAGGGCCUGUAAGGGUGGACACAGUAUGGAGGAGGGACAAAUCUUCCUCACCGGACAGGUGGGGAUCCCUGCGGUGCACUAGGGGAAUGCACACAGGGGGCACUAUGACCUGGCGGCCCACGGGGCACGGGGACGCACCAGGUAGCCUUGGGCUCUGCAAGUCCCUCCCGGACCCUGGGGAGUGCCAUGACUGCUUCCAGCAGCAGUCACUGGCCUGGGCGCGUCCCGCGCUCUAGCCCAGGUGGGUCCCACAACGGUGUGACCAAGGAUGUCCUAUGACCACCCCUUUACAGCACUCUCGAGUGGACCCUGAGGAGCUCUUCACCAAGCUCGACCGCAUUGGCAAGGGCUCGUUUGGGGAGGUCUACAAGGGCAUCGAUAACCACACGAAGGAGGUGGUGGCCAUCAAGAUCAUCGACCUGGAGGAGGCCGAGGAUGAGAUCGAGGACAUCCAGCAGGAGAUCACCGUCCUCAGCCAGUGCGACAGCCCCUACAUCACCCGCUACUUUGGCUCCUACCUAAAGAGCACCAAGCUAUGGAUCAUCAUGGAGUACCUGGGCGGCGGCUCAGCACUGGACUUGCUUAAACCAGGUCCCCUGGAGGAGACGUACAUUGCCACGAUCCUGCGGGAGAUUCUGAAGGGCCUGGAUUAUCUGCACUCCGAACGCAAGAUCCACCGAGACAUCAAAGCUGCCAACGUGCUACUCUCGGAGCAGGGGGACGUGAAGCUGGCGGACUUUGGGGUAGCAGGGCAGCUCACAGACACGCAGAUUAAGAGGAACACAUUCGUGGGCACCCCCUUCUGGAUGGCGCCUGAGGUCAUCAAGCAGUCGGCCUACGACUUCAAGGCUGACAUCUGGUCCCUGGGGAUCACAGCCAUUGAGCUGGCCAAGGGGGAGCCUCCAAACUCUGACCUCCACCCCAUGCGCGUCCUGUUCCUGAUUCCCAAGAACAGCCCACCCACACUGGAGGGCCAGCACAGCAAGCCCUUCAAGGAGUUCGUGGAGGCCUGCCUCAACAAAGAUCCCCGAUUCCGGCCCACGGCCAAGGAGCUCCUGAAGCACAAGUUCAUCACACGCUACACCAAGAAGACCUCCUUCCUCACGGAGCUCAUCGACCGCUAUAAGCGCUGGAAGUCAGAGGGGCAUGGCGAGGAGUCCAGCUCUGAGGACUCUGACAUUGAUGGCGAGGCAGAGGACGGGGAGCAGGGCCCCAUCUGGACGUUCCCCCCUACCAUCCGGCCGAGUCCACACAGCAAGCUUCACAAGGGGACGGCCCUGCACAGUUCACAGAAGCCUGCAGAGCCCAUCAAGAGGCAGCCGAGGUCCCAGUGCCUGUCCACGCUGGUCCGGCCCGUCUUCGGAGAGCUCAAAGAGAAGCACAAGCAGAGCGGCGGGAGCGUGGGUGCGCUGGAGGAGCUGGAGAACGCCUUCAGCCUGGCCGAGGAGUCCUGCCCCGGCAUCUCAGACAAGCUGAUGGUGCACCUGGUGGAGCGAGUGCAGAGGUUUUCACACAACAGAAACCACCUGACAUCCACCCGCUGAAGCGCGCUGCUGCUCAGAUAGGGGACGGAAGGUCGUUUGUUUUUGUUCUGAGCUCCAUAAGAACUGUGCUGACUUGGAAGGUGCCCUGUGCUGUGUCGUGCCUGCAGGGACACGUCGGAUCCCAUGGGCCUCACAUGCCAGGUCACCAGGUCACCGUCUCCUUCCACCCCUGCAGUGUGCCGUUCUGUACGUCAGGGACGCUGUUCUCUAUGCCCACUGCCCUUCUCCCUCUCCUGGCCCAGCAGUAUUGCUCACGGGGGCUCCAGCAGCCGGCGUGGCCCUCAUGAGCUACGCCUGGGUCUUCUGCAGACUCAUGCAGCCCUAUGGCCGCUCAGACCAAGGCGCAGAGCAACUAUCAGGGCAGCUCUGCCUCCUCCUCCCAUGAGGUGGGGAGAGGCAACAGGGCAGCCCCCAGAGGAGUGUCCUGGCCACUGUCCUCCCGGGGCCCAUGAUGGCCAUAGAUUUGCCUUGUGGUGUUGGAUCAGGUACUGUGUCUGCUCAUAAGUACUUGUGUCAUCCAGAAUGUUUUGUUUUUUAAGAAAAUUGAAUUACUUGUUUCCUGAAAUAUUCUGAGGUUAAUAUGUUUUCAUAGAACAUUGAGAGGCCCCUGCCACUUUCAAUAAAGACCUGACUUGGAGA